CUCCACUCCACCUCCCCAACCCAUACCCACCCCGCCUCCCUACAGCAUGGGCGCACCAUCCCGGACCGUAGAGGAAAAGCUCGCCCUCAUCAAGAAGAACCUUGUGGAAACUUUGGAGGGCGAGAAAACUUUGAGGGAAGUGUUGGAGCAGAGAGAGCUAACAGUGUACUGGGGCACCGCCCCCACAGGCAAACCUCACAUCGCCUACUUUGUGCCCAUGUGUAAACUGGCAGACUUUCUGGAGGCUGGCUGUCGGGGAGUACACACUUGACGUGUACAAACUGCACUCCCACGUAACCCUGGAGAACGCCAAAAAGGCGGGAACGGACGUUGUGAAGCAGACGGAGAGCCCCAAGAUCAACAGCCUCCUGUACCCGGGCCUCCAAGCACUAGACGAGCAAUACCUGGACGUAGACGCACAGUACGGAGGGCUGGACCAGAGGAAGAUCUUUGUCUACGCCAGAGAGGUCAUGCCAAAGCUUGGCUACAAGAAGAGGAUUCAUUUCAUGACCCCAAUGGUCCCAGGUCUUCAAGGUGACAAGAUGAGCGCCUCCAAGGAAGAGUCCAAGAUCGACCUCCUCGACUCACAGGAAGACGUGAAGAAGAAGCUGAAGGCUGCGUUCUGUGAGGAGGGGAAGGUGGAAGGCAACGGUGUCCUGGCCUUUUGUGAACGCGUCUUGUUCCCUCUUAGAAAGGACG